AUGUUAUACUCUGUUCUUGUGCCAUUGGCGGCUUCUGUUGCUGCUGCAGCGUCCCUACCCCAUACCAAAAACUGUCACGUCGCAAGUUACCCAGGCCCUGAGAAUCCCAGUUUCGAGACUGGGAACCUCGAAGGCUGGAAGGUAGUCAAUGGCACUGCAUUUGGCAACAAUUCCAUCUCCAGUGAGGUCUCUUACUGGGAUGGUCCCUUUCAUCAGGAUGGAAACAACUUUCUUUUAGGCUUUAAGCAAGCUGGGGAGACAGCUGUUGGCCAACUCCGGUCAAGUACGUUCAAAGCCAGUUCUGUCUUGAGCUUUCUGAUCGGAGGAGGCUAUGAUCCUGAGAAUCUCUACGUUGCUCUUGUAGGAGAGAAGGAUGGCAGGAUCCUGCUCAAGCAGACUGCUACCAACGACGAAGCUCUUAUCCGCAUUAUUUGGGACACGAGUAAGUGGCAAGGCCAAAAGGUUCACAUCCUUGUGCACGAUAACAGUGCUAAAGAGGGAUGGGGUCACAUUAAUGUUGAUGAUAUUCGUGUUGGCUGUGAUGCUCUUGGAGAUGGAACGGGCCUUACUUUCAACGUCUACGGUCAGGCGAACCAAGCCCCUCAGGGCUCCUCCGCUUGCUCCUCGUACGCUGUGGACCCUGUCAGACCCCAAUACCACUACACGCCAUACCAAGGAUGGAUCAACGACCCCGCGGGCCUAGCCGAGUUCCAUGGGACCCAUCACCUGUUUAGCCAAUACUACCCAGAGGCUCCAUUGUGGGGUCCCAUGCAUUGGGCUCAUGCCAAGAGUACCGAUGCGGUUCAUUGGCGUGAGCAGCCUGUCGCUCUAUACCCUGCCAAGGUGACCAACUCAAGCGACGAUUCCGGCCGCUUUACCGGUAGUGCGGUUGUCGAUAAGAAGAGGGACGAGCUGCGGCUUGUUCUUACCGACUAUAUCAAUCUCGCUUACCACCCUGACGCGGUCCAAGAGAGUGUCAUCACAGCGACUAGCAAAGAUGGCAGCAAGUUCAAUCUUGCCAAGAAACCCUUGAUUGCUGGCCCUCCAAAGGGAGAAGAUCCCUUCUUCCGAGACCCCAAAGUCUUCCGCGACCCAACCGACAACAAGUGGAAGGUGGCCAUUGGCGCCACCAAAGAAGACUACGGCCAAGUGCAGCUGUAUGAGUCUGACGACCUCGUUAAGUGGUCUUACGUUGGUGUCUUGUAUGCUGGCGAUGGAAGCAACGGAAAGCUUUGGGAGUGUCCUAACUUUUUCCCCCUCGAAGAUAAAUGGGUUCUCUUCUACGGUAGCAACGGACUUGGCUGGUACGAGACUGGAACGUACAAUGGCACAACUUUCACUAGUGAGAAGCGUGGUCUUCUUGAUGAAGGACCUGCCAGCUAUGCUAUGCAGUGGUACAAGGAUGAAUCUGGCCGUGAUCUAGCCAUCACCUGGAUGGCAAACUGGCCUAGCCCCAAGUGGCCCAGUCGUGUUAACGGGUGGGCUGGACAGCAGUCGAUCACCCGCGAGCUCUUUAUCCGCAAGGAUGGUGGUCUGGGCCAUCGCCCGAUUCCAGAGCUGAAGUCCCUUGCAUCGGGUCCAACCAAGAAACUGGGACGAACCAAGGUCACACCCAAGGGUCUGCGAAUUGGGAGCUCCAAGAGCGCUAGACUCACCCUUUCCGUCGAUCUCGCUUCAUCUGAUGCAACGUCCUUCACUCUUUCGCUCUUCAAGUCAGACCCCGAAGCUGCGCUGCUGACUUUUGAUCGGGGUGCUGGAAGUCUCACUCUGGAUACCACCAACGCGGGUUAUGGUCAGCCAGGCAAGUGGAAGGCUUUUGUUGCUAAGCCCGAUGAUAAGAAGUUCAGCUUGGACAUCUUCCUCGAUCGAUCUGUGCUCGAAAUCUUCACGGGACAUGGAUCAGUCUUUUCAGCAAACAUCUUCCCUCGGUAUCAGGAGUCGGAAGAAAUUAGUAUAGUUGCAAAUGGAGGCGUUUUGGCGGUGCAGUCUGUUGCACUGACGCCUCUCGGAUCCAGCUGGUGUUAAGCCAAGUCUUGCGAAGGGUAGGUUUAUGAGUGUUGGACAUGGAGAGAAGCACAGAGAGAUGCACGGGGUAGAUUCUUGUAUCUAGUUUAGAG